UGCUCUUCCAUGUUUUUGUUUUGAACAAAAUAAUUUAAAAUUUAAUUAAACUUGCUGCAUUGCCUAAAUGCUAAUGAAGUAACUAAGAAUUUUAAGUUAGUAGUAGGCUGUUUUUAAAAUGAGUGUACGUUGAAAAGUAUGUUUCAACAUAAAUGUGUAAAAUUAACAGAUGAUUUAAAAUUGUACUGGUACCAAUACAAUUGUAAAUAGUUUACAUAAAACAAUGAUUGAUGAUAACUAUUCUCAUCAGAAUCAUACACUGAUGUAUGUCACAGAAAGUGUUCCAGGACCGCCAGAAAACUCGAAACAUUAUAAUCAAAUAGUUGAAGAUUUCAAUUCACAGCUAACCAAGAAAUGUGAUUGUGAUAACAUAUGUGAACUCCCAUGUUGUCCUUGUGUCAAGCAGUCUGAUGGAGGUAACUAUGUACCAAGUUUGGAUACUGAUAUAUUGUAUUUAAAUGAAAGUAAACUAAAGGAUGGUGUAAUGGGCCCUAUACUAGAAUGUAAUGAUUUAUGUUCUUGUUCUUAUAAUUGUGGCAAUCGCCUUGUACAAAGAGGACCUCAUAAAUCUUUGUAUGUUGGAAUGAGUUGUAAUGAAAAGAAAGGUCUUGGUCUAUUUUGUAAUAACUUUAUUCAAAAAGGUACAUUUGUUUGUGAAUAUGCAGGAGAAGUGAUAACCAAAGCACAAGCAAUUAGCAGGCAGCGCACCAACAUUGUGAAUAAAGAAAUGAAUUACAUAUUUUGUUUAAAUGAACAUAGUGUAAGUGGAAUUUCACAAACAUUUGUAGAUCCAAGCGAGUUUGGGAACAUUGGACGGUAUGCCAAUCAUAGCUGUGAUCCAAAUUGUGUCAUUGUGCCUGUUAGGGUCAAUAUUCCCAUACCGAAACUGGCACUUUUUGCAUGCAAGGAUAUCCCUCCACAUUCUGAAGUCACUUUCCACUACGGCUCACCUGAUCGUACUUCAGAUUUGGUUGAAGAAGAUGUUGUCCAAAAGAAGUGUUUAUGCGGUACCGCAAAAUGUAAAGGUUGGAUGCCGUAUCAAAAGUUUUGAGUAGUCAUAAAAACUUCUUUGAAAGUACAAAAUCAGCAACAAGGUGUGACAAACAUUAGAAAACGACACCCAGUUCUGGCCAAGAUCUAGCAAGAUCGAAGUCAGUACGUCAUUCUCACUGCAUGUAUGAAAUGGUGUAAAAUGGGGCCUUACUGGCUGCCGCUGCUAGGAUGCCUCUGCGUCCUGGCUAGUCCGGUCUUCUCUGCUGCGGUGCCCACUCCAGACACCAUGGUUGUGGCGAGAUCGGACAAUGGAGAAUCGAGCACAACGCCCACGCCUCCCACGACAGAGGUGGUGACAGAAGAACAGAGUCCUCCACUGAAGCUGACGGAAAUGGAGGUGACGUCAAACAUCGCGCUUCGUUACGCUCACACGGCCGUGGUCACCACGGUGCGGAACCCCGCGCAUCGCUCGCAAGAGGCCACCUUCAGGGUCUUGCUGCCGGAGACUGCCUUCAUCAGCGGAUUCACCAUGAUCCUCGAUGGCAAACCCUACAAAGCCUACGUUAAGGAGAAGGACGAAGCAAAACAAAUCUACAAUCAAGCGGUGUCAGCAGGAAUAGGUGCUGCGCAUAUCGCUACCAAGGCUCGCGACUCGAACCACUUCACGGUGUCCGUGAACGUAGAACCCAACACGGUGGCUGUAUUCAACCUGACGUACGAGGAGUUGUUGGUCCGGCGCAAUGGAGUGUACAACCACGCUAUCAACCUGCACCCGGGCGCGCUCGUGCCCAAGCUCACCGUCACGGUACACAUCAAGGAAGCGCAGAAGAUCACUGCACUCAGGGUGCCAGAAGUCAGGACUGGGAAUGAGAUCGAUGCCUCUCCCGAAGAUCCUCAAAACGCUAACGCAGUCAUAGAACGGGGCGAGAAAGCAAACGAAGCAACCAUAACAUUCAAGCCGGAUCUAAAAGAACAACAAAGAUUAAUUGAUAUUUACACGGAAAAAACUAAAGAAUCCCGCACCCCUUCGUAUUCGUACGGCUACGAUCAAGACGAUGAUAAGUCUGAAACAGAAGGAGUUUUAGGACAAUUCGUGGUUCAAUACGACGUUGAUCGGCCUAAAAACGGUGAAAUAUUGGUAAACGACGGCUACUUCGUCCACUUCUACGCGCCGUCGGACCUGCCGCCAUUGAACAAGCACGUGGUGUUCGUGCUUGACACUUCGGGCUCCAUGAUGGACCGCAAGAUCGUACAGCUUCGCGAGGCCAUGCAGACCAUCCUCGGGGAACUCAACCCUGGGGAUUACUUCAAUAUCGUCGAGUUCGCCUCGUCUGUCAUGGUCCACGAAUUGAAAGAAGCCGACGCCGAGCCCACGUCGCCUCACAACCAGUACUUGUCGUUCACUUUCUCGGAGUACAACAAGCCGGCGCGCCUCGUGCCGCCCUCGCCCGCCACGCCUAUGAAUGUUGCCAAGGCUAAGGUCAUCGUCAGCAGACUCCAGGCUGCUGGUGGAACCAACAUCUACAGCGCGUUGGACGUGGCGGUCGAACUGAUCAACAAAGGCAUCGGCUGGACGCUGCCCACUAAUUCCUCCGCUAAGGGUACGACGGAAUCCCCUGCUACGGGCUCCCCUGUCGAGGAAAAGGCCACCACUGAAGUCCAGAAGACAGGAGGCGAAAACACUGAAGAAACUCCUAAACUAGAGCCGAUCAUAAUAUUCUUGACUGACGGCGACCCAACCGUGGGAGAGACUGACCCCACUCGCAUCAUCAACCACCUUACCGAGAAGAACUCCGGCGUUAACAGGGCUACUAUAUUUUCUCUUGCAUUUGGUGAGGACGCAGACCGCAAGUUCCUGCGAAAACUAUCUCUUCGCAACGACGGGUUCAUGCGACACAUCUAUGAAGCGGCCGAUGCGGCGUUGCAGCUGCGUGACUUCUACCGCCAGGUGGCAUCGCCGCUACUCGCUGAUGUCAAGUUCGCCUACCCGAAGAAACAGGUGAAAGCGGAGUCGCUGACGAAGCACCAGUUCCGGCGCUACUACUUGGGCUCUGAAAGCGUGGUGGCGGGCCUCGUGGAGCCCGAAGUCACCGAGCUUACGCCGACCGUCGGCGCCUUCUGCGGAAACGAUCAGCUGGGACGGAAAUACAUGGAGAUCGUGCCUAAAGCGCCGGUGCCGCUGCAAAAGGAGCACUACCUGCCGCUGGAGCGCCUGUGGGCCUUCCUCACCGUGCGCCAGCUGCUGGACGAGCGCGACGCGCGCGACGCCGACGACAAGCUGCCCGCGCCCGACAAGAGGGCACUCGACAUCGCGCUCAAGUACUCAUUCGUGACGCCACUCACUUCUCUGGUGGUGGUCAAGCCGAACGCGACUGACGCCAUCGACGCCGAGUCCGUCCACAAACAGAAUCAAGAUGUCGGUUACAGUUCAUUGCUGUCGGCUAACUACGCUAGCUUCGCGGCGCGGCCUAUGUUCAGCUCGGUUGGAUUCGCGGGGGCUCCUGUGGUCGCGCAUCGCUUUGCAUUCGAGAGCGCGAGCACCCCCGCCUACUUUGCAGGCCCCGCGGCGCUCGCGCUGCCUGUCGCCGACAACUGGGGCAUCCCACUAGACGAGCCGCUCGACUACGAAGAAGCACUACCAGUCAGGACAUCGUUGUCGUCGACCAAAUCGACUUACCGAGGCCUGCCUCAAGCACAGUAUAGUAGUUUCUCUCGUCUUCCAAUUCCGAUGAAUGCGUUUGGAUUGCAAAUGUACCGUCAAGCAGGAGCAGCUGAUAUGGCAGAUACCCUAGAUGCAGGUGCGCCAGUCAGCACGACUUUGCUAGUGGCGCCGAGCACGCCGGCCACCCUCACCAGCGCGCCCACCACGGCGGCCGCAGACCCUCUGGAGAAGUACCACCUCUCAGAUUUUGUGUGGGUAUCGCUGCUGCUGCGCCCCGGCGAAGACGCCAUCCAUCUGAAAACCAACACGACAGAUGAGACGUUGAAACUCUCUAAAGACGAUGUCGCGCCGAAGCCAGCGAGCGGGACCGACGCCGAGUGCUCGAACGCGCUGGCGGGCACGGGCGCAGGCUCGUGUGUGUACUUAACGCGCUGCGACGCGGCGCGCGCCAUCGCCACCGCCGAAUACCUCGGCUCAUACUGCAGCGUCGACGGAUUCGCUGGAGUGUGCUGUCCGAAAGCUAGUGUCGAUGUGGGAAAAACUGAUUAAUUCGCCUGGACGUGUUACAAUAUUACUGUGGUUUAUUAUAAACCAUUCAAGUGAUUUUAGCCUUAUAUGACUGACUCCACUACAAUUAGUUGUUGUGACGAAAUGUGAUAGGACUUCUUUAUUUUUGGUGCUAGAAGAAAUAAUGUGCAGUGCCAUGAACAGUUUGUUUGCAAACUGAUGAAACAAAAUGUAUGAAUUUUUAGGGUAAAAUAUUUUUGAUAUGUCAAUAAAUAAAAGUAUUGAGUUUU